CGUCUCCGGGGCGGGGACCCGGGCGUAGAAGGCUCUUAAGUUGCGCGGCCCUCGGCGCGCUGUUGGGGGCGCCCUCCGCGGCGGGCAGCGCGCCAGGGACCGGCUGCCGUGGGGCACGCGAAAGCUACACUUUCCCUUCGCCCCCCGCCUUGUUUCCUCCUGCGCGGCGGCAGCGGAGAUUUCCUCUCGGGGAAACUGCGUGGAUCCUUCCCAGGGCUCCUCGCCCCGCCCCCGUUCUCCGCCCCCUCCCCUUUGCUGGGGAGCCGGUGCUGGCCCGUGCGGGAAGUAGGCUCUGGCAGCCUGGGGCGGGUGGCGAGGGGUCGCGGAGCCGCUGGCCACCAACUCGCCCGGCCAUGUGACGCCGCUCUCCGCCCAGCGAACCCCCGCGUGCCCCGGGCCCGCGCCCGCGCCCCGUUGCGCCGCGCACCAUGCUCCUGCCUGGACACGCGCGUCCGCCCCCCGCGCCUCAGCCGGCGCAGCAUCCCGGCCUCCGCAGGCAGGUAGAGCCGCCGGGGCAGCUCCUGCGCCUCCUCUACUGCACUGUCCUGGUCUGCUCCAGAGAGAUCGCAGCGCUCACGGACUUCUCCGGUUACCUCACCAAACUCCUGCAAAACCACACCGCCUAUGCCUGUGACGGGGACCAUUUGACUCUCCAGUGCCCUCGGCAUUCUACGAUAAGUGUCCAGUCGGCAUUUUACGGGCAAGAUCACCAAAUGUGUAGUGCCCAGCAGCCUGCCUCCCAGAGGGAAGACAGCUCAACCUGUGUGGCACCCACCACAUUGCAGAAGGUGCUGGAUGAAUGCCAGAACCAGCGGGCCUGCCACCUCCUAGUCAAUAGCCGUGUUUUUGGACCUGACCUUUGUCCAGGGAGCAGUAAAUACCUCCGGGUCUCCUUUAAAUGCCAACCUAAUGAAUUAAAAAACAAAACCGUGUGUGAAGACGAAGAGCUGAAGCUGCACUGCCACGAAUCCAAGUUUCUCAACAUCUACUCCGCCACCUACGGCAGGAGGACCCAGGAGAGGGACGUCUGCGCCUCCGAAGCAGAGCGGCUCCCCCCCUUUGACUGUUUGACCUACUCGGCUUUGCAAGUAUUAUCCAGUAGGUGCUAUGGGAGGCAGAGAUGCAAAAUCGUUGUCAACAACCUCCAUUUCGGAAGUCCCUGUCUCCCCAGAGUGAAAAAAUACCUCACCGUCACCUACGCCUGUGUUCCCAAGAACAUACUCACAGCGAUUGAUCCAGCCGUUGCUAAUCUAAAACCUUCUUUGAAGCAGAAAGAUGGUGAAUAUGGUAUAAACUUUGACCCAAACAAACCAAGAGUUCUGAGGAAAGACGGAGUUAUUGUUAGCAACUCUCUGGCAGCAUUUGCUUAUAUUAGAGCCCACCCCGAGAGAGCUGCCCUGCUGUUCGUGUCCAGUGUCUGCAUCGGUCUGGCGCUCACAUUGUGCGCCUUGGUCAUCAGAGUGUCCUGCACCAAGGACUUCCAGGAGCUGCAGCUGGCGAGGGAGCACCUGGUGCCAGGAAGUGACAAGGCCGAGGAGGACAGCGAGGAUGAAGAAGGGGAGGAGGACUCCUCUGACUCUGAUUUUCCGGGGGAACUGUCGGGGUUUUGUAGGACUUCAUAUCCUGUCUACAGUUCCACAGAGGCUGCAGAGCUAGCAGAAAGGAUUGAGCGCAGGGAGCAAAUCAUCCAGGAAAUAUGGAUGAACAGUGGUUUGGAUACUUCACUCCCCAGAAACAUGGGCCAGUUCUACUGAAAACGAGAUGCAUCUUGAUGCCAUC